GACUGGUCUGUGGUGUGAGGGAAUGAAUGGUGUCAAUAAAAUGUUUGGAGCAGUAGCUUGCAAAGCAUAAGUGGAUGCUGUGUUAUUUUUAACAAGCGCUACGAAGACAACACACCUCCUACCUACCUCGACAUACAAACUCUGUGUGGCUUCACGUGUUCUGUUGAUGUUUACAUGAUCGAAAUAACUUGAACACAAACAAAGAGGAAGACGGAAGGAAAAAACAACAAGUCCCAGCAUCCUCUGUGUUUAGGGAGCAGUAGUGAAAGUGAAAGCAGGAGGAGGAAGGUGGAGCUGAGGCAGGUGAGUGUUAACAUGAAUAUGUUUCUUCUUAUGACAUAAAAUAAUUCCACGCUGUUCGUGUCUGUGGGUGAAAUGUGAGGCCGGUCGGCUCCUCUGAGCGCUGGUUUCCUACUAACUCCACCCUGACAUCAAGAAGAUGGAGGAAGAGGAUGGAGCAGGAUCUGCAGCAUCCAGCUGUGUGUCUGUGAGGAGUGACCGGUCCAAAGAACAUCCUCCACAGUUCAGUAAUGAACCUGCAGCAACAAUAGUGGAGCAGGAGAGAGCAGAGGUUUCCACUGGUCAGUCUGCACAGCAACAUCAAACACACCUGGACUCUGUGGUUAUGCGGCUGGAGGACAACAUCACCAUGUUUGUGAAGAACGAGCUGAAGAAGAUCCAGAAGCUUCUGAGUCCAGAUCACCCAGAAACUUUAAAGAGCCAGAUGGAGGAUGAGGAGAUGUUUGGAGGUGAGGAUGAAGAUGAAAGAAAGAGCUGCAGAGAAGCAUUUCUGAAGAUCACACUCCACUUCUUGAGGAGACUUAAGCAGCAUGAGAUGGCUGACCAUCUGCAGAGCAAAAUAUUUGCUCCACUCUGUAAACGUGAACUUAAAGCCCAACUGAAGAAGAAGUUCCAGUGUGUGUUUGAGGGCAUCGCUAAAGCAGGAAGCCCAACCCUCCUGAAUCAGAUCUACACAGAGCUCCACAUCACAGAGGGAGGGACUGCAGAGGUCAAUGAUGAACAUGAGGUCAGACAGAUUGAAACAGCAUCCAGGAAACCAGACAGAGCAGAAACAACCAUCAGACAAGAAGACAUCUUUAAAGUCUCACCUGGAAGAGACGAACCAAUCAGAACAGUGCUGACAAAGGGAGUGGCUGGCAUUGGGAAAACAGUCUUAACACAGAAAUACAGCCUGGACUGGGCUGAAGACAAAGCCAACCAGGACAUCCAGUUCAUAUUUCCAUUCACUUUCAGAGAGCUGAAUGUGCUGAAAGAGGAAAAGUUCAGCUUGGUGGAACUUGUUCAUCACUUCUUUAAUCAAACUAACCAAUCAGGAAUCUGCAGGCUUGAAGACUUCCAGGUUGUGUUCAUACUUGAUGGUCUGGAUGAGUGUCGACUUAAUUUGGACUUCAACAAAACUAAAAUCCUGACUGAAACAAGAAAGUCCACCUCAUUGGAUGAGCUGCUGACAAACCUCAUCAGAGGGAACCUGCUCCCUUCUGCUCGCCUUUGGAUAACAACACGACCUGCAGCAGCCAAUCAGAUCCCUCCUCAGUGUGUCGACAUGGUGACAGAGGUCAGAGGGUUCACUGACCCACAGAAGGAGGAGUACUUCAGGAAGAGAUUCAGAGAUGAGGAGCAGGCCAGCAGGAUCAUCUCCCACAUCAAGAAAGCUCGAAGCCUCCACAUCAUGUGCCACAUCCCAGUCUUCUGCUGGAUCACUGCUACAGUUCUGGAGGAUGUGCUGGAAACCAGAGAGGGAGGACAGCUGCCCAAGACCCUGACUGAGAUGUACAUCCACUUCCUGGUGGUUCAGGCCAAAGUCAAGAGGAUCAAAUAUGAUGGAGGAGCUGAGACAGAUCCACACUGGAGUCCAGAGAGCAGGAAGAUGAUUGAGUCACUGGGAAAACUGGCUUUUGAUCAGCUGCAGAAAGGAAACCUGAUCUUCUAUGAACCAGACCUGACAGAGUGUGGCAUCGAUAUCAGAGCAGCCUCAGUGUACUCAGGAGUGUUCACACAGAUCUUUAAAGAGGAGAAACAACUGUACCAGAACAAGGUGUUCUGCUUUGUUCAUCUCAGUGUUCAGGAGUUUCUGGCUGCUCUUCAUGUCCAUCUGACCUUCAUCAACUCUGGACUCAAUCUGCUGGAAGAACAACAAACAACGUCCAUGUGGCCUAAAUUAUCUGAUAAACCAAAACUCCAAUCUCUCCACCAGUGUGCUGUGGACAAGGCCUUACAGAGCCCCAAUGGACACCUGGACUUGUUCCUUCGUUUUCUCUUGGGUCUGAAGACUAAUCAAACUCGUUUGCAAGGCCUGAUGACACAGACAGGAAGUAGCGCACAGACCAAUCAAGAAGCAGUUCAGUACAUCAAGAAGAAGCUCAGUGAGAAUCUGUCUGCAGAGAAAAGCAUCAAUCUGUUCCACUGUCUGAAUGAACUGAAUGAUCGUUCUCUACUGGAGGAGAUCCAACAGUCCCUGAGAUCAGGACGUCUCUCCACAGAUAAACUGUCUCCUGCUCAGUGGUCAGCUCUGGUCUUCAUCUUACUGUCAUCAGAAAAAGAUCUGGAUGAGUUUAACCUGCAGAAAUACUUUGCUUCAGAGGAGGCUCUUCUGAGGCUGCUGCCAGUGGUCAAAGUCUCUAAAAAAGCUCUAUUGGGGGGCUGUGGUUUGACAAAGAUCAGCUGUGAUUAUCUGGCAGCAGCACUGAAGUCCAACCCCUCCCAUCUGAAAGAGCUGAACCUGAGCGUCAACUACAACCUGCAGGAUUCAGGAGUGAAGCAUCUGUGUGGUUUCCUGGAGAGUCCAGGAUGUGGACUUGAAACUCUGAGAUUGAGGGGCUGUGGUUUGUCAGAGAUCAGCUGUGAUUAUCUGGCA